AUGUCGAGCAGCAUCGAGGUUGCUUCUGAGCAACUCUGCUACAUCCCUUGUAGCUUUUGCAAUAUUGUUCUUGCGGCACCAAACUAUGCUGCCCCUGAUUAUAGGAUUGACAUGGGGUCAUCCUCCAAAUGCAACAAGAAAAUGGCAAUGCGACCACCCACCAUGAAUACCACUGAGGAAAGGACUGUGAAUCGACCUCCCGAGAAGAGGCAGCGAGUACCUUCUGCAUAUAACCAGUUCAUAAA